AUGUCCGUCAAGUUCCAAGAAGAGGCCGUCCGCACCGUCACGGGCGGCGGCAAGUCCGAAGACCUCGUGCACCGCGUCGGUGAGCGAUUGACCGGUGGAAAGACAGCCAAUGGAUAUCUCCAGGCCUACCUCCUCCAGCUCCAGAAGAACCCUCUGCGCACGAAGAUGCUCACCUCCGGUGUGCUCUCGGGUCUGCAGGAACUGCUGGCUUCAUGGAUCGCCCACGAUGUCGGCAAGCACGGCCACUACUUCAGCUCGCGCAUCCCCAAGAUGUCGCUGUACGGCAUGUUCGUCGCCGCGCCCCUCGGCCACGUCCUCAUUGGCAUCCUGCAGAAGAUCUUCGCCGGCCGCACAAGUCUGAAAGCCAAGAUUCUCCAGAUCCUCGUUAGCAAUCUGAUUAUCUCCCCCAUCCAGAACAGCGUCUACCUGACCUCCAUGGCUGUUAUCGCCGGUGCGCGCACCAUCCACCAGGUUCGCGCCACCGUUAAGGCUGGCUUCAUGCCCGUCAUGAAGGUCAGCUGGGUCACCUCGCCCUUGUGCUUGGCCUUCGCCCAGAAGUUCCUCCCCGAGCACACAUGGGUGCCCUUCUUCAACAUUGUUGGAUUCUUCAUUGGAACCUACGUCAACACCCACACCAAGAAGAAGCGUCUGGAAGCUCUCCGGAAGCGUUAUGACCAACGUCGCGACCCCGGCUACGAGAAGCGCGACUUCCCUUAA